AUGAAGCUUGCCCUGGCAGCCCUGACAAGGGCCUGGAUACACACACUCUCUCUUUUCUGUGCUCCAGCAUCUACAGAGGUCUGCCUGAACUUUCUACAUGUCAUUGAAAACCUCUUCAUGGGCAUGCUUCCCAGCUAUGAGGCUGCCCUUGAACCCUUCAGCCCUGAGGAAGACAUGAAAAAUGCAGGGGCCCAGUUGAAGAUGCUGGUGGACACCCUCCCCCAAAAGGCCCAGGACAGCAUGAUAACGCUCACGGUACACGGCUCCCUCCACUCCCACUGCCCAGUGGAGGAUUUCCCACAUCCCUCAGCUGCAGUGUCAACUCCCUUUGGGGACCCUUUUCUAAUCCAGAGAGGAGAGUCACAGUGCAAAUAUCCCCAGGGAGCAGGUGGCCAGACCAGCUUCUAG